AUGGAUGCGGGAGGGUGGCUGGGAGCCGAUAAGGGUUUAAACGUUGCGGUGAACAUACCGAAAUUUAAUCAACGCCGUUUAUGUAUGGUGAAAUAUCUUGGUGAAAUGUAUAAUUAUCGUGUCGUUGAUUCAAUGAUUAUAUUUCGCACAUUGUACUUAACAAUCACAUUUGGAGUUGUUUUUGACAAUACUACUAUAAGUGAAUUUGAUCCACCCGAUCAUUUGUUUCGUAUUCGACUUGUUUGUACAUUACUCGAAACAUGUGGACAAUAUUUUGAUCGGGGAACAAGCAAAAAGAAACUAGAUUGUUUUCUACUUUAUUUUCAGAGCUACUAUUAUUUCAAAAAAGAGUGUUCCCUUUGGAAUGCAUCCACCUAUCCGUUUCCAUUUGAUGUUGAACAUAUAUUUCGUGAUACACUGACUACAUUGAGACCAAAAUUCGUAUUAGCUGGAAGUUAUGCAAAAGCUUGUGAAGAAGUUGAAGCGAUGGAAAAAGAAUUUUUGGCAAUUUUAGCUCAAAAUGAAACAAAAACAUCAUCUAAUAUCGAUACGAAAGAUAAUCUGCCGCCAAUUACCGAAGAAGAGGAAUCAUCUGCGCCACCAAGAUCGACAUUACCAGAUGAAGAAGAAGACGAUGAAAAUGAUGAACGAACACCUCGUCGAAUGGAGGAUGAAUAUGAGGAAGAAGAAAAUGACGAUGAAGCCUUUAGUGUUCGUCGAUCGCGUUUUAGUGGUAGCGGAGAACGAACGAGUGGUGGCAGUGCUGGUGAUUUGGAAAACGAUCAAAUGAAUGCCGAUGAUGAACAAGAGGAUGAUGACGACGAUAAUAAUUCUUUACAAUUGAAAGCAAAGAAAAUUACAAGUGAAGAAGAUGAUGAUUUUGUCAAAGCUUUCGAUACACUUAUCGCUGAAUCGGUUGCUCAACGAACCACAGAAGUAACCAAAGUACCGGCACCCGAUAUUGCUAUACCCGUACACUUACGUAAAAAUAAAGUAUCAUCAACCAACGUAAAUGUGUCCAACAGUGAUGGCGACGAUGAAAACGAUCCGAUGGUCAAAAAUUCAACGACAACGAAUUUCGUUGUUAUGCUGAAAAAAAAUAAUAAACCGCAUUUCCAUGAUUUAGCUGUGCCAAACUCAUCGGAAAUGGCUCUACGUUUAAAAGCACGCGAAGAGGCUGAUCGUCAAGAGAAAGCUCGAUUAAAAAUUUUAACAUUGAAUAUGUCAACACGUAUGGAGCAAGAGGUUGAACAACAAGAACUAAUGGUCAAUGUAUUAAAUCGUACUCCAGCUAUGAUUAAUACAAAUCGAGAACGACGGCCACGUUAUGUUCAUCAGAAAGGUGCUCCAGAUGCUGAUCUUAUAUUUGGACCGAAAAUACAAACAAGCAGUGAAUUACGACAAAUGAUGAACGAAAAGAAAAUUUAA